AUGGCCAGCACCAGAAGCACAAAUGAGAAAGGUGAUGGUUUUUACAGAGAACUGAAUGAAGAAAUAAAUUGUGAGCCUGAAGAUGUAAAUGAUAGUGUGAUGCUUGGUGAAGACAAUGUCUUGGAAAGUUGUUCAAAACAGAAGACUGCUCACAAAGCAAAGGCAGUUUCUACCAGCAUAAAUUCUCAUGAAGUACCAUCGGAAGAGCUAUUUGCAGCCCUAGCCCUAGAUGGAUCAACUAUAUAUGCUGGACAAUGGUUAAUAGACUCAGGAACAUCUAGUCACAUGACUUACCAGAGAAACGUACUUGCUGAUUACCAUGAGUUAGAGCAACCUGAGAAGGUUGGACUAGGAAUGGUCGAACUGUUGAUGCUAUUGGUGUUGGAAAGGUAUACAUUCAGUCAAUAUAUCAACAAGCUCAUAGAGAAGGAAAUGGUCACUGGAAUGAAAGUUCCUAAAUCUGAAUAUCUAUCAUUCUGUGAAGGAUGUAUUAAUGGGGAAAUUUGCAGAAGUCCAUUCAAACCAGUGGGAGCUCUUUGUUCUCAGAGAAAGUUGGAGUUAGUGCACAGUGACGUUUGUGGUCCAAUGUCUGUUGAGUCUUUUGGGGGCCACAAAUACUUUGUCACGUUCAUUGAUGACUAUUCUCAUUGUUGUGCAGUGUACUUCCUUAAACAGAAGGCAGAAAUAUUCCAAAAAUUUAAGGCGCUUGAAGCAGGUGCUAUUAAUUCAGCAGGGAAUAGUAUUGGAACACUGAAAUCUGAAAAUGGGGGUGAGUAUUUGUCGACAGAAUUUGCCAAUCUUAAAUCUAAGGGAAUACGACAUGAACUCUCUGUUCCUAACACCACAACAAAACGGGGCAUCAGAAAGAAUGAAUUGUACCUUGAUGGAGUCUGGACGAUCGAUGAUGUCACAUGCUGGACUACCAAACAGCUAUUGGGCUGA